UUUAAAAAUUGUCUAAAAACUGUGAAAAACGAAUUGUAAGCCAAGAUCUGUUGGAAAGAUUUUUCAGCAACAUUGCAGCCAGAAAUAGCAACAGAAGGUCCCGAUCAUCUACAGACAUAAUGGCGCUGUUCGCAAGGCUGAGAAACGUACAGGAGGAGUGCUGGGCAGAAGGAAUCGAGCAGAAGGACGAUUACCUCCUCAUUGAAAAACUACUGUACGAGCUUGAAGCGCCGGCCAAUGAAGAUGACGAAUUUGAACCGUUCGCCCCUGACGGUGACAUAUUCGAAAAUCUAAUCACUCAGCCGCUGAGCCGCAAACUUGAAGAGUCCCUGAGGCUGCUCACAGGAUAUGGUAUAGCACGCUACAUUCGUGAGCAGCUGCAUUGCGAGGAAUGCCUACAAGAGUUCACGAUGAACGAAGACACCUUCUGUUAUUUGAAACAAGGUCGCAAGGUUGCCAGGAAUAAGCUGAAUAGUCUGACGUGGGUUUCAAAAUAUUUGAAACCAGAUUUACCAACCGAAGAAGUCAAUGAAGCUUUCCAAAGAGCGUACAAAAUUUUCUACGCGACAAUUAGGCAGUACAUGACGGCAAAAAAAAUAGGCAUGCGGCUACAAGCAACGGUAAUAGAACGAGUUCCCUUUUUCCGAAGACCAGGAUUAUGCAGCAGAAGUGAGCUGCACCGAAGGAACUUGCUCGGGUUCCUGCUGAUAACAUUACUGUCCGGAACAAAUUUCAGAGAGAAAAUAGACACAAACAUAACGUGGGCCUAAGUUCCUCUGCGCGCCAUCUCCACCCUCCUCGCAAUACUCGUUGCGUUCCAAUGAUUAACAAUAUAUAAUUAAUAUAUUAAUUCAGACAUGCCUCUCGCGUGGCUAUGCGAAAACGUUUGCUCUGACAUGUCGUACAUCGUGCAAAAUAUAACACGCAUUGCGGGCGAUUGACUUGCGCAAUAAUGAUUCGAUACUUGCAGGGCAUAUAUUGCAAAAUGUUUGAACGACAAAUUAUUAUCGACUGAUAACAAAUUUGUUUUCAAUUCAAAUUCAAUUCAAUUUGUCUAAGAAUUUAAUGUUAUAGCAGGUACCACUUUAUUUGUACGAAAGUAAAUGUUAUUUUAAGAGGCAUGAAAUUUAAAAUUAAGAGGAAAACAAAGAAAAAAAUCGUAACACACAAAUAAACGCACUUACUUGCAUAUAAUAUUUACCUUUCAUAUAUAAAGUAGAAAGGAAAAGAACUUCAGUCGUAGGUAUUUUAACUUGAUUUUAUGUAAUCUUAAUAGAAGCAAAAGAAAAAAAAAAAAAACGAAAAAACAUAAAAUUUUUAAAAGAAAACUGAAAAUAAAAGAAAUGUAUUGUAGCAAAAUCUUCGACAUUCGCAGCAC